CCCACCUCCCUCUUCUCCUUUCAUACCAAACUUACUCAUUUCACUUCACAACAGCAACAACAAUAACCAACAAUCAUUUCUAUCUGCAACUCUUCUUUGAUCCUCCAAACCUACUCACUUUCAGAAACCAUACUGUUUUCUCAACCUACCCCUUGUGCUAGUUAAUCUUUAGUAAUAGUCUUCACUAUGGAGAACUUGUUUCGCCUAGCUGAUCAUGAAGAUUUCUUCUCUCGUCGAUGCAUUUGGGUUAAUGGUCCGGUCAUAGUAGGUGCUGGACCAUCAGGGCUCGCCACAGCUGCUUGCCUUAGAGAGCAGGGCGUACCCUUCGUUGUCCUCGACAGAGAAGAAUGUAUAGCCUCUCUAUGGCAAAAACGAACCUAUGACAGGCUGAAACUUCACCUACCUAAACAAUUCUGCCAGCUUCCAAAGCUCCCAUUCCCUGAAGACUUCCCUGAAUACCCUACUAAGAAACAGUUCAUUGAGUACCUCGAGUCAUAUGCCAAGCAAUUUGAGAUCAACCCAAGAUUCAAUGAGUGUGUACAAUCAGCUAGGUACGAUGAGACCAGUGGCUUGUGGAGGGUCAAGACCACAAGUGGUUCCGCUCGUACCGAGUUUGAGUACAUUUGCAGGUGGCUAGUGGUGGCUACCGGCGAGAAUGCAGAGUGUGUAAUGCCUGAUAUUGAAGGAUUGAAUGAAUUCCGAGGUGAUGUUAUUCAUGCUUGUUCUUAUAAAUCCGGUGAGAAAUUCCGUGGAAAGAGAGUGUUAGUUGUGGGUUGUGGAAAUUCUGGCAUGGAAGUUUCUCUUGAUCUUAGCAACCACAAUGCCUCUCCAUCAAUGGUAGUUCGAAGCUCGGUACAUGUUUUGCCAAGAGAAGUGCUUGGGAAAUCGACCUUUGAGUUGGCUGUUCUGUUAAUGCAAUGGCUACCCCUUUGGCUGGUUGAUAAGAUCUUGUUGAUUUUAGCAUGGAUAUUUCUCGGAAGCCUAGAAAAAUAUGGGCUGAAGAGGCCAUCCAUGGGUCCUUUGGAGCUGAAGAACACCAUGGGGAAGACCCCUGUACUGGAUGUUGGUGCAUUGAAGAAAAUCAGAUCUGGAGAUAUUAAGGUGGUUCCUGGAAUCAAGAGGUUUUCACGUGGACAAGUUGAACUUGUUAAUGGUGAAACUCUUGAUAUCGAUUCAGUUGUUUUGGCUACUGGAUACCGCAGCAAUGUCCCUUCUUGGCUUCAGGAAGGUGAAUUCUUCUCAAAGAAUGGGUUCCCAAAGGCACCAUUCCCUAAUGGCUGGAAAGGAAAUGCUGGGCUGUAUGCAGUUGGGUUCAAUAGGAGAGGGCUUUCUGGUGCAUCCUCUGAUGCCAUGAGAAUAGCACAAGAUAUUGGCAAGGUGUGGAAGGAUGAAACUAAGCACCAAAAGAAGAGAACAACAGCUUGCCAUAGACGUUGCAUUUCACAGUUCUAAAUCAUCUACCCAAGAGAGAGAAAAGAAAAGUUUCUAACCAGACAGGAGUUUCCUUGCUGUAAAAAAAAUAAUAAUUACAUGAUACACAAGCCAAAAAAAACAAAAGAAAACAGAUAGCACAGAGACAGAGCCCUCUCCGAAGGCCCAAAGUUUUGAUAUUUUUGGGCAUUUUGAUUUUUGAAACUUAGGAUGACGAGGCUUCUUUUUUUUUUUUUUUUUGUAUU